AUGGAUGUGCCAGAUCGACCAACAUCCAUGAUUGAUCCUGAGUCCGGAGACUGCAGUCUUCUCCUUUUUCUGGGUGCGCCUGAGCGACAAGCAACCAAGUCGGUGGCUGGCCGAGGGGUAUCCGGUCGAGGUGUACCAUCGAAGGCUAAAGAAUUAGCUGUUCGAGGGGAACCCCUAACGAAUAUUUUCCCGGGACCAGAUGACUUUAGUCCAUUCCUUGUAUUGGAUGCGCCUGAUCGACUAGCUUCCAAAUUCGGGACUUCCCGCUUAGCUCCAUCUCCAGAUGCGUCUGAACGACAAGCAUCUGAAUCCGGGGCGAACGGAAUCUUCAUCCCUCCGAUGGAUGUGCUAGAACGACCAACAUCUAAGUCCGUGGCUGGUUCUACUGGCCGAGGGGUAUCCGGUCGAGGUGUAUCAUCGAAAGCUAAAGAAUUAGCUGUUCGAGGGGAAUCACUAUCGAAUAUUUUCCCGGGACCAGAUGACUUCAGUCCAUUCCUUGUGUUGGAUGCGCCUGAUCGACUAGCUUCCAAAUUCGGGACUUCCCGUUUAGCGCCAUCUCCAGAUGUGCCUGAACGACAAGCAUCUGAAUCCGGGGCGAACGGAAUCUUCAUCCCUCCGAUGGAUGUGCUAGAACGACCAACAUCUAAGUCCGUGGCUGGUUCUACUGGCCGAGGGGUAUCCGGUCGAGGUGUAUCAUCGAAGGCUAAAGAAUUAGCUGUUCGAGGGGAAUCACUAUCGAAUAUUUUCCCGGGACCAGAUGACUUCAGUCCAUUCCUUGUGUUGGAUGCGCCUGAUCGACUAGCUUCCAAAUUCGGGACUUCCCGUUUAGCGCCAUCUCCAGAUGUGCCUGAACGACAAGCAUCUGAAUCCGGGGCGAACGGAAUCUUCAUCCCUCCGAUGGAUGUGCCAGAACGACCAACAUCCAAGUCCGGAACUUUCGAAUCUGUUCUAACCAAACUUUCGCUGAAGCUUUGUACUUUGACUUUCGCUAAUCUCUUUCCUUCAACGCUGGUCUUCAACGUAUUAGGUUUUGUCGAUAUCUCGACAGUGUCUACCGAUUUCGCAGUAGACACGACUGAUUUCUCAGCAGGGUUUCUGUGA